AUGGGAUGCCUCGAGGUCACGAGCCUUCCAUCCUUGGUGUAUCUCACCCACAAACCGAAGCACUUUUGCGCCACUGCAAUCAGCACGCGCCGACUUGCGCUCCACAGGGUGGUCGCGGUCUUCCGCCCAAAUAUUCCUCUAGUCCACUACAAAAUAUCGGACAACGCACGUGUUUCCGAGCAUCUUCCAAUAUUCUACCAGCGAGCUGUGCUAGAUGUGGAUGCGAAAAUCCCGUAUAUUCACCAUAGCAGCGGCGGUCAUCUGAAAACUGAAGAGCGAGUCCUUAUUGCUAUAUAG